AUGCGUCCCGCAUCCCUUGCUCUAGCCGCAUCACUCUCUCUGGGUAGCGUAAAUGCUGCUCUGAGUAUUGUUCCCGGGGCAACCUGGACAGCUACAAACACCGGAGAACACGUACAGGCCCAUGGAGCCGGCAUCAUCGAGGAGAAUGGCGUUUACUAUAUGAUUGGCGAAGAAAAGACCGACGGCGCGUUGUUCCAGGCUGUCAACUGUUACUCAUCAACCAACUUGGUCGAAUGGAGCUUCGAAGGACGUCUUCUGACCCGCACUGAAGAAGCUGGCGAUCUCGGCCCCAACCGUAUCAUCGAGCGGCCCAAGGUUACCAAGAACGAUGUUACUGGCAAAUACGUCCUCCAUCUCCACGUUGACUCGUCAGACUACAAGGAUGCGCGUGUCGGUGUCGCGACAGGCGACACUGUCUGCGGCGAGUAUGAGUACAUCCGGAGCUUCCGUCCCUUUGGCUUCCAGAGCCGUGACAUUGGUAUCUUCAAAGACGAUGAUGGCGCUGGUUAUCUCUUAUCCGAGGACCGCGAGUACGGAACCCGUAUCAUCAAGCUUACAGAGGACUAUCUGGAUGUUGCUGAGGUGACUUUCGGUUGGGAGUAUUUCGCCGAGUCGCCCGCCCUCGUCAAGCGCAAUGGCACAUAUUUCAUUUUCGGCUCUCACCUCACAGGCUGGAACCCCAACGACAACGUCUACAGCCACGCCACAUCCCUUUCCGGCCCCUGGUCUGAGUGGACCGAGUUUGCUCCCGUCGGUUCUACCACCUAUAGAAGUCAAGUCAGCUUCGUCCUCCCGUUAGGCACAGACAAGGCCAUCUACAUGGGAGACAGAUGGCACUCGACGAACCUUGCCGCAAGUACCUACAUCUGGCUUCCUCUGCAGAUCGACGGCACCACUGCAAAGCUCGACUGGCAUGACUCUUGGAAUGUGGAUGUCGAGGCAGGCGCCUGGUCUGAGUCGACAGUCACAACCGAGAUUGAAGGGGAGACCGCCGAGCUGACCAACGGAGCUCGCGUUGUCGCCUGCUCGCAGUGCAGCGGAUCAUCGGCAGCGGGAUACCUGGGCGGAGAUAUUGAUGGGACCGCCACCUUCAACUUCAGCGUUGCCCAGGCCGACCGUGUAACGCUGAUUGUCAACCACAAGAACGGCGACAUGGCUUCUCGAUAUGCUGCGGUGUCAGUCAACGGCAAGGAACAGUCUGUAGCUUUUCUGUCCACGUCUCAUCUGUCUACCACGGGGAGCAGCGCUAUUCAUGUCGAUGUCCAGCAGGGUCAGAACACCGUGAUCUUCUCGAGAUCUGAAGGCUGGGGCCCGGAUGUUGACCAGCUCGUUGUUCCCAGUGCCUGA